CUGCUGUCUUGAUUCCUUUGACAGAAAAUGAACUGCGUGGCAAAGUUGUCUGGGUGACAGGAGCUUCAAGUGGAAUCGGAGAAGAGCUGACUUACCAGCUGGCAAAGAUAGGAGCCCUGCUUGCCAUCUCUGCGAGAAGGGAGGAUGAGCUGGAGAGAGUGAAAAAGAAAUGCCUUCAGAUCAGCAGCUUGAGUGACAAAGAUAUCCUUGUUCUGCGUCUUGACUUGACUGACAGAUCUUCUCACGAAGCUGCAACCAACAGUGUUCUUAAGCAUUUUGGCAAGAUCGACGUUUUGGUCAACAAUGGAGGACGCUCCCAGCGCUCCUUGUUUGUGGAUACAAACCUGGAUGUCUACAAUGCCAUCAUAGAACUCAACUACCUGGGUACAAUCUCUUUAACGAAGUAUGUCCUGAAUCACAUGAUCCAGAGGAAAAGAGGAAAGAUUGUUACUGUGAGCAGUGUGAUGGGUAUCAUGGGAGCUCCUCUUGCCACUGGCUACUGUGCCAGCAAGCACGCUCUGCAGGGAUUUUUUAAUUCCCUGCGGACUGAGCUGACCGACUACCCUGAGAUCAGCAUCAUCAACAUUUGCCCAGGGCCUGUGCAGUCCAAGAUUAUCCAAAAUGUCUUCACAGAGAAUCUUGCAAAGUCCAUAGAGAACAGCGGGGACCAGUCCCACAAGAUGCCCACGGACCGCUGUGCCCGGCUCACCCUGGUGAGCACGGCCAACGACCUGAAGGAGGCCUGGAUCAGCGACCACCCCUACCUGGCCGUCUGCUACCUGUGGCAGUACGCGCCCACCUGGGCCUGGUGGCUCAUGAACAGGAUGGGCAAGAGGAGGAUACAGAACUUCAAGAGUGGAGUGGAUGCCGAUGCCUCUUACUCAAGAAAGAAGAAAUAAGGAUGAGAUUGUACAAAAUCAUGCUGUUCUUGUGCUAAGGCUGAGAAACUUUUCGUACUGCGUGACUGCAGCAACAGCUUUUUUUUUUUAUCUGUUAUAUCUUUAUCAUCCUGUAUCUUGACAAAUCUAUCAAGCUGACGAGACACUUGACUAAAUAAAAAUCUCUUUCUAAACA